ACCACUGCCUCUAAAAUGACUCAAGACACCAGUUCUAAGAGUGUCCAGAAGCCCAGAGCAGAGUCACCUGCCCCCAGCCUGCUAUCAAUGAAGAGUGAUCAGCCACCUGCUUUCAGCCAGGAACCAUUACCAGAUGACAAUAAGGAAGUGGAGAGUUUGGACAGUGAGGAUGCAUUAAAGAUCACACACAACCUUCUGGACAGAAGAAGUCAAACUCUUCUGACAGUCCAACAAGACAUUAAGGCUAAACUGAAACACAAGUAUCAACACAUAUCUGAAGGAAUUGGAAACCAAAGUCUGUUAAAGGACGUCUACACAGAGCUCUACAUCACAGAGGGUGGAAGUGGAGGGGUCAAUAAUGAACAUGAGGUGAGACAGAUAGAGAUGGCAUCCAAGAAACAAACCACACAAGAGACACCAAUCAAAUGCAACGACAUCUUCAAGCCUUUACCUGGACAAGACAAACCUAUCAGAACUGUGCUGACAAAAGGAAUCGCUGGCAUUGGAAAAACAGUCUCUGUGCAGAAGGUCAUCCUUGACUGGGCAGAGGGAAAAGCAAAUCAGGACAUUCAUUUCAUGUUUCCUCUUCCUUUCCGUGAUCUGAACCUGAAAAAGGACCAAUACAGUCUGAUGCAACUUCUUUCCCACUACUUCUCAGAGCUGAAAGAGAUUGACAGCAUUGAAGAUGGGGAAACCAAAACUGUUUUCAUUUUUGAUGGUCUGGAUGAGUGUCGACUUCCUCUAGACUUCAAAAACAAUGAGAGGUGCUGUGAUGUCACGAAGCCAACCUCAGUGGACGUGCUGCUGACAAACCUCAUCAAGGGGAAUCUGCUUCCCUCUGCUCUCCUCUGGAUAACCUCACGGCCUGCAGCAGCCAAUCAGAUCCCUCCUGAGUGUGUUGACCAGGUGACAGAGGUACGAAGGUUCAAUGAUCCACAGAAGGAGGAGUACUUCAGGAAGAAAAUCACAGAUCAGAAUCUGGCCAAUGAAAUCAUCAAACACAUGAAGACAUCAAGGAGCCUCCACAUCAUGUGCCACAUGCCAGUCUUCUGUUGGAUAUCAGCCACUGUCCUUGAGAUGAUACUGAAAGAGGCAGAGAAGGAUGAAGUCCCCAAAACUCUGACCCAGAUGUUCACACACUUCACGCUCAUCCAAAUCAUUGUGAAGAACAAGAAGUACAACAAAGCCACAGAGACAAACCCAAAGGAACUGUCUCAGUCAGACAAAGAGAUGAUCCUGAAACUGGCAGAGCUGGCUUUCCAACAGAUGCAGAAGGGCAACCUGAUCUUCUAUGAGGAGGACCUGAGAGAGUGUGGCCUUGAUGUCACAGAGGCAUCAGAGUACUCAGCAUUGUGUACAGAGAUCUUUAAAGAAGAAUCUGGGCUGAACCAAGAGAAGGUCUACAGCUUUGUGCAUCUGAGCAUUCAGGAGUUUCUAGCAGCAGUGCAUGCUUUAGAAUCAUGGCUGGACAAGAAGGAAAACGUUUUUUCCCCCAAAGCAGUCACUAGUGGUUAUGAUGACUACGAUGAUGAUGAUGAUGAUGAAGAUGAGGAGUCAAUCCAGUUGUCUGACUUACACAUGAGUGCAGUGGACCAGGCCUUGGAGACCCUGGCCUACCUGUUACUGAUGUCAGAGGAGGUGCUGGAGGAGUUUGACCUGAAGACAUACACCAAAUCAGAGGAAGGUUAUCAGAGGUUGCUGCCGAUAGUGAAAACCUACAAGAGAGCACU